CCAAUCCCCAACUUGAACUCUUCCCACUGAGAUUAUCACGAAAUGGCCUCGGGUAAAGGAAAUGACUCAACAAUCCCUGUCGUUCCGCCAACGACCGUUUCAGAGAAGUCCACCCCACAGGGCCCUCAGACCAUCCAGCCGGGACCUACCGCGAACAUGAGCGUUUCUGGGGGAGGAACCAGGAAUGCUUUGAAUCUCCCCCUUGACGCUGAAGGCAAGCGGGAUUGGAGUCAUGGUAUAUGUGAUUGCUUUGGGGACAUCAAUACUUGUUGUCUCGCUUGGUGGUGCCCGUGCCUCGCCCAUGCGCGGAAUAAGCGCCGGUUGGACCAUCUCGAAGCUCACGGCACCCCAGACCCAGAACGCGGAGUUCGAUGCUCCUCUGAUGGUUGGAUCUAUGCUUGUAUUGAUUUUAGUUGCAACAUGGGUUGGGCACUACAGGUCGCGACUCGCGGGAAUAUUCGUCAACGUUACGGUAUUCGAGGCAGUUCCGCUGAAGACUUUUGUACCGCUUAUUGUUGCCAGCCUUGCGAUUUAGUCCAAGGAAGCCGUGAGCUGCAGUUAGAAGAAGAAAGCCUGGAGCCCACUGGCAGAGUGUGAGCUACCUGACACUCGGUUCGUUACACUGUCGCUCGAUAUCUCUCUAUUUUGGAUUGUAGUCGUGUCAAUAUACCAUAUGCUUAAAGCCUGAGAA